AUGUCGCGCGACAAGGAGGAAGACAUCAUCGACGUUGACGGUAGCGAGGGGGAGGAGGAGUACGAGGUCGAGAGCAUUACCGGAUUCAAGUGGGAGGUGAGUUUUGGUGCCCAGGAGCGUCCAUGCAGCGAGGGAAGGAGUACUGGCUACGGAAGUGAACACAACACGUGGGAGCCCAAGGAGAAUGUCGAGCAUGCUCAGGAGCUGAUCGACGCGUACUUCGCCGAGCACCCCGAGUCCAAGGCGAAGCGGGACGACCCGCCCGUGAAGAAGCGCGGACGCCCCUCGAAGGCGUCCUCUGCGGCAGCACCGACGCCAAAGAAGCCGCGCGCGUCCCGCGCCUCCCAGGCUGCCGUGCGACAGGACUCUCCCCCCGAGAGCGAAGACGAGACCAACAUCGAGUACGAGCAAACGUACACCGAUGGCAUCGGCCGGUACGACGAUGUCAAGGACUGGGAGAAGGUCGUCGAGAGCAUCGAUACGGUCGAGCGCAACUCGGAGAACUCGCUCAUCGUCUACCUUACCAUGUGA